AUGGGCAACAUCAUUCUUCGAUACCUGGUGUACUACCUCGCACAAAUCCUGCGCAACGUGAAAGGACACGACAGUCUGCUCUUCACCUCGCAGGAUCCGUUCAAGAACGUCCCGAAAAACAUCGAUGUUGUUGCCCCCGAGAUCGGUCCAGAGGGUGCCGAGAUGAGUGUCGAGUACAGCGCCAACGGCGGCUCAAAGUUUCCAGAGCUCAAGUGGUCGCUCAAUUCUGGUGCCGGAGUGGCUGAACAUGCGAUAAAGGAGUAUAUCCUCAUCAGUGAAGAUCCGGAUGUCCCCAUCCCGGGCAUGGUGGGUCUCCACGGCGUUUACUAUGCCAUUCCGCCCGAGAAGACGCACGUUCACCCGGGCGAUAUCAGUCUUGAUGGAUCGGUGAAAGCUGACGGUGGUGGGAAGUGGCUGAAAGGAGGGUUUCGGCUGGGAAAGAAUAUCCGAGGAACUGUGUAUGGUGGAGCCCAGCCGCCGGUUGGACAUGGUGCACAUCGAUACUUUUAUUCAGUGAUUGCAUUGAAGGAUAAAGUGGAUGACAGUCGUAUGUCUCCAGUCGCGACGAAAUCGGACCUCCUGGAGGAGAUUCGAGGCAAGGUCGUAGGUUGGGGGUAUUGGUAUGGUGUGUAUGAGAAUAAAUGGUAG